AUGAAAGUUGUGAGCUUUGAAAGAGGACUGUUGCAAUCACAGAGGAAGGAAUAAAAAGCGGUGGACUGAGGAGAAGAGAAGGAGAAAUUCUAAUUGGGAAUUGCAGCAUGCACGGGUAUAGCAUUUCUUUUCUUUCCUUCUUUGAUACCUUUUGGGCAUGAAAAGGGUACUAUGAUUACUCCUGGUAAUUUGCAAGUUUUCAAGAGUGUCAUUUCAGAAAGCAGUGCGGGAAGAUGGUAGAGGAUGAUGCUAACAUCUCAAGUCCAAGGGGUGGCCCUAUAUAUAUCCCUAAUCUUGUCAGCACUCUCACUAGUGUUCCUAAGUUCCAAAAGUCUCUUCUGCAACAGCUUCAGGAUUUGAAGGUUGAAUUGAAUGGAGAUACAUCUGAGCUCACAGAUGCUGAUGAUAUUUUUGUUGAUGAUCUGAGGAUUCUCUCUGAGGAACAAUUAGUUGAAAUUGCUCUUAAGGAAGCUUUUAAGGAUGGUGACAAUAGUUCAAAAGUUUCAGAGAAGUGCUCUAAUGCAUGGUCAAGAAAUAAGCAAGCAUGUUUGGGGAGCACCUGUAUAGGAGAUGAUAAUUCAGCUUCAGCUCAAGGAAGAGGAGAAGGAAAGUUCAUGACCACCAUAUUGAAAGUCUCCACCAAACCACCAACAGUUGCAACCAUAUUUAAGAAUAGCUAUGUUGCAAAGGUGGAGGAAGUUGUAAAAAUUAAACAAAAGCAGGAUGAAGCAAAAGCAGCAGCAAGACUGCACUGUUUAAGUGCCGGCUGUCAAAGCAAUGACUGUUCCAUUCCAUCCUCAGAGAAUAUUGAGAGGAUGCAAUCCCUCAGGUCUACAACUUCAGCCAGAAAGGUAAGUUCAUCAGACAUUGAACAGCUCAUACCUGUUUCAGGCCAAGAAGUUGUUCUUUGCGUUGAGGUUUACCAUAACAUCCAAGAGUUCCUGGUACUUGGACAGCAAAAAUUGACCGAAUUGAGGGACAAAAUAUAUUGCUUGUCAGACCAAGUGAUGAAAAAGGCCGGGCAGCAUGAUCCUUCUGGAUAUUUCGUUAUAGAAGGUGUAUUCUACAAUGAUUUAAGAGAUCCCUCUGCAAUAGAUUACAGCAAAUCAAUACUGGAUUGGCUUAGCAACUCAAAGGAUGAUGCUCUUAGGAAAUGGGAAUGCUCAGUAACAGGUCAACUGCAACAAAAGCAUAGAGAAAUUUUAGGCAGUGCACCAACCUCAGAAUUGCCUCACUUUGAAGCUGUUAACAUGCAUGAAAAACAAUUUUGCAACUUGAACUUUCGACUUGGUGCUGGAUACCUCUAUUGUCAUCAGGGGGACUGCAAGCAUACAGUUGUGAUUAGAGACAUGAGAUUGAUUCAUCCUGAGGAUGUGAAGAACCAGGCAGCUUAUCCCAUUGUCAUCUUUCAACUGAAACCCCGUGUCCAGAAAUGCAAUGCCUGCAAAAUUUAUAGAGCCACAAAGGUCACAAAAGACAACAAGUGGGCACACGAGAACCCGUGUUACUUUUGUGAGCACUGCUAUACCCUUCUCCAUUUUGGUGCUGACCCUUCUUCAUAUACUGACUUUCCAGUGUAUAAUUAUGUGCAUGAUUGAAUGUCAAUUGUUAGGGAUCAUCAAUUUCCCAGCAGCUCAAAUUAGUAGGGGCAUUCUGAUGCUCCUUUGAAUUAACAGGGCUCUCCCUAGUCAAUUAAACGAGCUACGUACAAAAUUGGCUCUCAGGAGAUCAGGGAGAGGGAGAUGGUGAGCAAUACAGAAGAGAUCCAGUUGAACAGGCUCGAGAACCA